AAAAGUAGUCAGACAGAAACAACUGAGCUGCUGUGAAGAGAUAGGAGGAAGCGGACAGUCUGCGCAUGCGUGAAGCGCGUUACAUAGCCGGUGAGCCGCACGCGCGCCGUCCAGCCGGACCGGACAGAGGUUUCUCUUCGCAGCGCUACGCACACAGUCCAUCGAUGAGGACGGUGGCGGUCCUGGGAGGAGGGGUAGGGGGGCUGGCAGCAUCCUACUACCUGUGCAGAAGCCCACAGGUUACCAAGGUCAUCCUGAUGGAGUCCAGCAGUCGUUUUGGAGGCUGGCUGAGGUCUACCAGGAGACCGGACUCUGCCGUGUUUGAACAAGGACCCAGAGGGAUCCGACCUGCGGGGGCGGUGGGUCAAAACACCCUCAACAUGGUUGAUGACCUCGGUUUGGGGAGGGAGGUCCUGCCCGUCCCGUACAGCCACGUCGCCUCCAAGAACAGAUUUCUGUACGUGAACGGGAGGCUGAACAGGAUGCCGUCAGGAUUGAGAGGGCUCCUCCGGACCAUCCCACCCUUUUCCCGCCCGCUCCUGUACAGCCUGGCCUCUGAGGUUCUGGUGAAGAAGAGCAGAGAGGACGAUGAGUCGGUGCACUCGUUUGUGUCCCGCAGACUGGGACAGGAGUUGGCAGACUUGGCGGUGGACAGUUUGUGUCGAGGUGUGUUUGCGGGGGACUGCAGAAAGCUGAGUGUCCGGUCGUGCUUCCCUCCUCUCUUCAAGGCGGAGCAGCAGAAGGGUUCUCUCACGCUGGGAAUGCUGCUGGGCUCGGGUCCAUCUCAUACCGUCACUCCUGGAUCUCUGGCCAAGAGGGCCAAAAAAGAGGCCUGGGCCCAGUGGUCCCUCAGGGGAGGGGUAGAGACCCUACCAGAAUCCAUUGCAGAGUAUCUCCAACGGAGCGGCAAGGUGGAGCUCCAGAAGAAUGCACCCGUGAAAAGCAUCAGUCAUUCGGAGUUGGGCUGGAAAAUUCAACUGGAAGAUGGAGUUGUGUCAGCCGACCACAUCAUCUCCGCGCUGCCAUCAAAAGCACUGGCGUGUGUCCUCCCCCCGUCCUGUCAGAGUCUGACCCAGCUGCUGCAGGACAUCCACGCUGUCAGUGUUGCUGUGGUCAACCUGGAGUACGACGGUUCCAUCCUACCUGUGCAGGGUUUUGGGCACCUUCUCCCAUCAUCAGAGGACAAAGGCUUACUUGGAGUGGUCUAUGACUCUGUCCCCUUCCCUGAACACAACAGACCCGACGGAGAGACCACCAGACUGACGGUAAUGAUGGGUGGUGCCUGGUUCCAGGAGGAGUUUGGCGAUCCAGAGUCUGUGUCAUCAGAGGGUCUCUUAAGGCAGGCCUGUGAGGCGGUGUCCUGCCAGCUGGGAGUCAAGGCAUCACCCAUUUGGAGCCUUGUGUCUCUUCACAGGGACUGCAUACCUCAGUAUUACCUGGGACACUACCAGAGAGUUGAGUCCAUGCGGAGCUUCAUCAGGAGCAGGAACCUCCCUCUGUCAUUGGUUGGUUCGUCCUUCGACGGCGUCUCCGUCAAUGAUGUCAUCUUUAGUGGACGUACAGCUGUAGAGGAGCUGUGUGGACUUUGAUGGUCAUGAACUUAGUAGCCAGUGAAAAAAUAUGAACAGAUGAUAAUAUAAAUGAUGUCAAUAAGGAGAAUCUUUCUGUUUUACCUCGUAACAAGAGAGAUGAGUAUGAAUGUUUUUUUUUAAUCGACCUUAAAUUAGACUUUUGUGCCUACAAUAAAUCUUGAAUGUUUGACUAAUCUCA